AUGCUGAAGCCCUUCAAGCCAUUGACACUACGCAAGCCUGAUCAGACCACUGCGGACGUUACCACCCAGCCCCCAGCAGCGAAGCGACGUAAAUUGAGCCCUGGCGAUGAUGGCCUCGUUCCUAGCUCAUCGGGCACGGAAUCUGGGAAACUUCAUAAACGUCCACCUCUGAAGACCCUUCCAAAUCCAGCAAGUCCACCGCAAUCGAAUGAACCCCGGAGCAGCCAAUUCGCAAGCUAUUACUCAGUCUUAUGGCGCAAUCCUACAAAUAAAAAGAACAAGACCUGGACUGGCGAUGGCGCACUCGUGGUUGGAGAUGGACUUGCCAUCUUUUACGAUAGCUCGGGCAAGCAACUGGCGCAGCGGUCUUUUGACAAGCCUCUUCUGACCGGAUCAAAUCUAUCACUGGGAGGGAAAGAAAUCGAGGUCGAAUCCGUAUUGACGAGAGAUGAAUUCAAAGCCAUCGUUGGCUCGAAGAAACCGCAAAAGCAAUUUAAGAAGGUAGAAGCUGUGCCUCAGAAGCCAAACACCCCUACAAUCUCUUUGAAGGACAAGCUCAAGACCGCCAAAAGUGAUGUGCAACCGCAAGCCGGAUCUUCCCAAAUUCUGGGCACGGAUGCGAGCGCUCGUUCAGCCGCUCCCGCUUUUGUCAAUCCUUUCAAGGGCAACAUCUCGAGGUCACACAGUACCAGUGAUCGGCCGACUCCACGACAUAAUCCCAAUGAGUCCGGGGCAAUCGUAUUCAAGCAGCCCAAGACAGCGCCUGCUGGCCAACAGUUAGUUGAUGUCGUAUUGGACCCGGUUUUGGGCAAGAAGCUCCGUCCUCACCAACGAGAAGGUGUACAGUUCAUGUACGAGUGCGUCAUGGGCCUCCGAGAUUACGCAGGUCAAGGAUGCAUACUAGCUGAUGAUAUGGGCUUGGGAAAGACUCUGCAGACCAUCGCUUUGCUGUGGACAUUGAUCAAGCAAAGUCCUAUCCAUAAGGCAUCUCCCGUCGUCAAGAAAGCACUCAUUGUCUGCCCGGUGUCUCUGAUUAAGAACUGGAAGAAGGAAUUCAAGAAAUGGUUGCCUCACACCAAUUUGGGAGUCCUCCAAUUCGAGGAUCCUAAGACGACUCGGCUAAGCAUGUUCGACGGAAAGGUCUUUAACGUUAUGAUCAUCGGCUAUGAACGCCUCCGACAGGUCGCAGACGAUCUCGCGCAAUCACAUGAUGUUGACAUUGUGGUUUGUGACGAAGGUCAUCGUCUGAAGACCGUCAAGAAUAAGAGUGCAAAAGCCAUCGAAUCCUUGAAUACGCCAAGAAGGAUCAUUCUCUCGGGUACUCCGAUCCAGAAUGAUCUCAGUGAAUUCUAUGCCAUGGCCAAUUUUGUCAACGACGGGUGUCUCGGCUCGGCCAAGGCUUUCUUCAAAGACUUUGAGAAUCCGAUCAUGAAGAGUCGCCAACCCAAUGCCCUCGAAGAAGACAUUGAGUGUGGUGAGGCAGCCACUGCUGAGCUUACGCAGACGACAUCGCCCUUCAUACUUCGGCGAACUGCCGAUAUAUUGGACAACAUGCUACCAACCAAGACCGAAUAUGUUCUGUUCUGCAAAGCAACACCUGAGCAAGCUCUGGUUUAUCGAAAUGUUGUGAGCUCACCCAUGUUUCGAUCUGCUCUAGGCAGCAUGGACACUGCUCUACAGCUGAUCACAAUCCUGAAAAAGCUCUGUAACAGCCCUGCUUUGAUGAAGGCUCCCAAUAGUAGCGACGAGUCCACUUCUUCAUCUUUGACCACGCUGAAUGAGAUGCUCCCUACUGGUAUGACCAGGUACUACCGAAACUCAAUGUCUGCCAAGAUCCGCUUGCUUGAUAUUCUUCUCCAGCAGAUUAGGACAACGACCGACGAGAAGGUGGUGUUGGUGUCGAAUUAUACCUCGACCCUCAAUCUGAUGGGGGACCUGCUGGAGAGUUCGGGACUGAAGUCCUUGCGCUUAGAUGGGUCCGUACCUGCGAAGCAGCGCCAAGGUCUUGUGGAUCAGUUCAAUCGAGCAAAAUCAUCCCAGCUAUUCGCAUUUUUGCUCAGCGCCAAAGCCGGCGGGGUCGGAAUCGACUUGACGGGAGCCAGUCGGUUAGUUUUGUUCGAUGUGGAUUGGAAUCCUGCCACCGAUGAUCAGGCCAUUGCUCGCAUUCAUCGACAAGGUCAGAAGAGGCCUACCAGGAUAUACCGCUUCCUCAUCAAAGGUGGUCUCGAAGAGCGGAUUUGGCAACGCCAAGUUGUCAAGCGUGGUCUUGCUGACAGUAUCAUGGACGGCGAAGAAGGCAAGUCCAAGUCGAAAGCACGAUCUGGGAAAGGAAGCAAAGCAACAUUCGGACAAGAGGAACUGAGAGAUUUGUUUCGCUUCGACGAGUCUCCCCAAUUAAGGACACACGAGCUGAUCAGAUGCCAUUGCGGGGGUAUCGGCAUGGACUCGAUCUCGACAUCGAGGGCCGAGACGCCAGAUGUGGAUGACUCGGAAAAUGAGGCUGACAUUUCAAGCUUCGUCCGUUCGUCACAGCUCUCGGACAACUAUCCAGAGGAUGAGACAGGUAUAACAUCACCUGUCAAGAGAGCUCGAAAGCGAUGUGAAGGUGGUCAGGCUGAUGCGGAAGCGGAGGAGCUUAUGAAGUAUGCUCAUCUGAACACAGCUCUUGUUCCAGAGCUUCCUGAUUCAGACGAGGGCCUCAUAGCCAUUGAAGAGCAGAUCAACGACGAUUGUCUCAUGCAUGUACUGCGUCAAGACGAGGAUAUCGUUGCAGGAGGGAUCGCAUACGUCUUCAAGAAGACGACUGGCGCGAUACUGCAAGCUCCGCCCGACGCAGUCGACAAAGAAGAGCUUGGGGGGCAUGUAUGA